GCGCUGCGGUCGCGGCCGCCAUUUUGUCGCUGAGGCGCUGGAGGGCGGCGGGAGCGGGCGGAGGGCGACGGAGCCAGCCCCGGUCCCGUGAACCGUGAGCAGCCGCCGCCGGCCGGGUAUAGCCGGCUACAACCGGGACCUGGCGACCGCCUGCUUCGAUUCUGUUGAUCUGAAGAUGGCUGCACAGUCAGCACCGAAGGUUGUGCUAAAGAGCACCACCAAGAUGUCUCUGAACGAGCGCUUUACUAACAUGCUGAAGAACAAACAGCCGAUGCCAGUGAAUAUUCGGGCUACCAUGCAGCAGCAGCAGCAGCUAGCCAGUGCCAGAAACAGAAGACUGGCCCAGCAGAUGGAGAAUAGACCUUCUGUCCAGGCUGCUUUGAAGCUUAAACAGAAGAGCUUGAAGCAACGCCUCGGUAAAAGCAACAUCCAGGCACGAUUGGGCCGUCCGGCAGGACCCCUCGCUCGCGGAGCCAUGGGAGGAAGAGGACUGGCCAUGGGGCAGAGAGGUUUGCCACGAGGAGCCAUGCGUGGCGGCCGGGGGGCGAGAGCUCUGCUGAGAGGGGGACUCCCGCUCAGGGGUCAGAGCAUGCUUCGGGGCGGACGAGGAAUGUCCCCCAGGAUGGGCCUGAGGAGAGGCGGCCUGCGAGGUCGCGGUGGCCCUGGAAGAGGUGGGCUGGGCAGAGGUGCCAUGGGCCGCGGUGGACUUGGUGGCAGAGGUCGCGGCAUGGCGGGCCGGGGAAGAGGGGGCUUCGGAGGCCGCGGCAGAGGCAGAGGACGAGGAAGAGGAUCGGCACGCCCGGCGCUGACCAAGGAGCAGCUGGACAACCAGUUAGAUGCUUACAUGUCGAAAACGAAAGGACACCUCGACGCCGAGCUGGAUGCCUACAUGGCUCAGACAGACCCCGAAACAAACGACUGAGGGUCGUUGCGAGAGACUGUCGGUGAAGUUAGUGUGUUAUGUCAAUGCCCAUAAGCUAAAAAUGGAAACCCUGAUUCAUGCUGGAAGGACCCACAAGAAUAGGGAGCGGCCCUGUUCUACCAAGAAAUCAGCCUUUAGCGCGUUUCUUUAAUAUUUUGAUACUCUGUGUUGUAUGGAACCUUUCCGGAUUGUUUUUUGUAUCUUUUUUUCCCCCUCCCCUAACUACUCCAAAGGUGACUCUGACAGACGUGCCGCCGUUAGCCCCUGACAUCAGCCGGCCGCGGUUCCUUGCAGCCCCCCCGCGGAGGGGAUCUGCUCCUUGGUGCUGGGACCGCACGGUUCUGUGCCUCCGAGGCACCGCGGUUGCAUUUUGGGACCGGUGCUGUCCCCAAGUGCGACCGAGGGGCCGAGCUCACGCCCCCAGCUCCCUUCAGUCCAUCCGAAGUAAAGGCUCCCGGCAGGGUGAACAGUUGAGCCAGGUUUAGGUGUAGCGCUCCUUGUAGACUUGCCAAUCUUGCUGUUUUGCACCCAAAAUUCCUCUCUUGUUGAUAGCUAGCGUUCUGUUAAUGAGUAGUGCGGAGGACUUCCCGAGCUGAAGGCUUUUUGGGGUUUGUUUUAGAUAAAAGUUUGGAUUUCUUUUUGUGUUGUGUACGAGCAGAUGGCACCAGUGGUUUCUGUAUCUGCAGGAAAUUUUAUUUAAAGGGAUGGGAAGCAGGACCAUGGCCUUACAUCAGUGACAGCAGGUCGGGGCAGAACUGGCUUUUCAAAACCCGGGGUCCAAGGUUUAUUUACUCGCCAGUGCUGUUAGGGCUCAGUGUAACCGAAACCGAGCCCUCAGAGCAGCCCCCGCGCCUUUGGGAACGGAGAAGGGGCCCGCUCCUCCCCCUGCCCUCCAGUUUGAAGUCCGGCCGUUCUGUGACCUGUUCCGUUUCGCUGGAAUCCCGUAUUUCUGGUUUGUUGUAACAAAAGGAGAAAUAAUUACAAAAGCAAAGUC